CCAAAAAAGGCAACUAUGAAUUAUUUUAGAAUUUUUCUUUUAUUUUUCUAUUUAAUUUUCUUUUAUUCUUCCAAAAAUGUUUUGGCCAAAGAAUUUAUUAAAACAACUUUAAAAUCAAAAAUUAUUCCAAAAGCAAUUAUUAAUGAAUUCCCUCUAGAGAAAAAUCGAGUUCCUCUGCGGGAUCCUUUUAGAAAUGUUCAUUGGAAGGCUAAAGAUGGAGAAAAUGUUAAUAAUAGAGGCCCAUAUUAUGGACAGCCAGAACAAGUUCAUUUAUCUUAUGGAGGAGAUCCAUCCCGUAUAUUUAUUACAUGGUUAACAUUUGAUGACACAAUAGAAUCUAUCGUUGAAUAUUGGGUUGAUUCUAUUCAAAAUUUGAAAAGAGUUGAAGCAAAGAUGGAUUAUUUCGAUGAUGGGGGUAUUAAUAAAGUUAGAAGGUACACACAUCGAGCUUUAAUUGAAGGAAUAAGUCCAGGAAUACGUUAUUUCUAUCGAGUCGGUUCUCAAUACGGCUGGAGUUCUAUAUUUUCGUUUGUUGGACUUGAGGAAAGACCGGAUGGUGGCUAUAGAUUUGCGGUAUACGGUGAUAUGGGUAAUGUAAACGCCCGUUCUCUUGGAAAAUUACAAAGAGAAGCACAAAAUGGGGAUUUUGACAUGAUUUUACAUGUUGGCAAUUUUGGAGACGAAUUUAUGCGUCAAAUUGAGCCAGCUGCUGCGUAUGCUCCUUAUAUGGUCGUUGUGGGCAAUCAUGAAUAUGCUUAUAAUUUCUCCCAUUAUGUGAAUCGUUUUACUAUGCCAAAUACAGAACAUAACUUGUUUUAUAGUUUUGAUAUCGGCCCAGCUCAUUUUAUAGCCUUCUCCACAGAGUUUUAUUUCUUUCUACAAUAUGGUGUUCAGCAACUAGCUACUCAAUGGCAUUGGCUUAUACAAGACCUUGAAAAGGCCAAUAAAAAUAGAGAAAAGGUUCCUUGGAUAAUUACAAUGGGUCAUCGACCAAUGUAUUGUUCUGACUAUUCUGGUGAUGAUUGUACAAAAUACAAUUCAAUUAUACGUACAGGACUGCCUGGAAUACAUGCCUAUGCUUUAGAAAAACUUUUCUACAAGUAUGGCGUAGAUUUGGAGCUAUGGGCACACGAACACACAUUUGAACGGAUGUUUCCUGUUUAUAACAGAACAACGUUUAAUACUAGCACUGGUGUCUUUUUUAUUUUUGAAUUAAAUACAUAA